AAAGCAAAAUGGCGGCGAAGAUGGCACAACACUGUGGCUUAGUCGUAACGUACUUUUGGAUUUAGUUUAUUUCUGUGAUUAAUAGCUUUCACGAGUUUUGUUCAUUUCGACAGGAAAGGACCAUAUUCACCUUCACCAUGGGUUUGAAGCUUAGUACAAACAAUCAACCGCGCAUGAGGACGUAUUCCGCGAGUACCCCAGGCUCGAACGGAGGAGCAGGAACAGAUGUUGUGGCUCGUAAUGGGGCUCAGUCAUCGAGGGCCAGAGCUAGAAGCCUUGGAAACUUUCAGAGCUCUGGAAACUCUGGGUCACUGAGCAUUCCGGGAGCUUCAGGUGGAACUCACAGAAGCAGUUCUCCAGAUUCAGAUUCAAGUUCACCUGGAGAUGAUCCUGGACUCUUGUUUGGAGGGAGACCCUUCACCCAUUCUUUGCCAGUGCAUCUCUUUGCUUUGCAAGGCAUCAAAUGUCCUGUGUGCUCCAAACAGAUAGCGUCAGAUGACAUAGAGUGCCACUUGGUCAUGUGCCUCACCAAGCCUCGGAUCAGUUACAAUGAGGAUGUCCUCUCGGAAGAUAAAGGAGAAUGUGUUAUCUGUUUUGAAGAGCUCAUUCAAGGUGAUACAAUUGCUAGACUACCCUGCCUUUGUAUAUAUCAUAAAGGAUGCAUUGACAAAUGGUUUGAAGUGAACCGAUCCUGCCCAGAGCAUCCUUCUGAUUAGCCGCAGCACUAGCUGGAGGAGGAAAGCUAGUGAACAGAAAUACACCCCCCAGGUCCCGUUCUCUGUGUCUGUGCUUUUCGUGAUAAAACAAACACUCACCGGCAAAAAUUGCGGAUUAUCCUGGCUGGUGUGUACAUAUGUACAGAUUGGAAAAAUUCAUGCAUAUAAAUGUAUAUGCAGUCCUGUAUGUGUGCUCUUGUCUGUCACGAGGACAGGUGCCAGAAUGAAGACAGCUGUAUAUUCAUUAAAAAAAAAAAA